AUGAAUAAAUUAAUUUUAUUAUUAUUAAUAAUUGUAAUUAUAUUAAUAAAUUCAAUUGAUGGAUUAAAAUCAACAACUAUUGAAUGUUUAAAUGAUCAAGGUGAAAGUGUUGAUUGGUGGGUAAUUCAAAAGCAACCAGUUGUAUCAUCGAUGCCAGCAGAUACAAAAUAUAAAUUAGGUUUAGGUUAUUUAUAUGCAGAUUCAAAGAAUCCUACAUGGAAAAUCCCAACAAACACAUUAAAUGAUACAAAUUCAUUAUCACAUACAUUGAAUUUAAUUUAUUCAAAUAAGGAAAGCAAUGAUUUAGCAUGGUUUAUGUAUAAUGAUCAACCACCAACCGACGAAGCCGAUUCAGAGUAUGCUCAUAGUAAAGGUGUCGUUGCAUUUGAUAGCACUCAAGGAUUUUGGUUAAUUCAUUCAGUACCUCGUUUCCCACAUGAUCCAAAUCAUGAAGAUUAUUAUUUCCCAAAGAAUGAAGUAAACAAUGGUCAAUCAUUUUUAUGUGUAACUUAUAAAGCUUCAAGUAGUUUUGCUGAUAUUGCCAAUAAAAUCUUUAUAAAUAGACCAUUCAUCUAUGCUUAUAAUUUACCAUCAAAAAUUAAUCUUCCACAAUUAUCUUUAAUUCAACAAACUAUUAAAGGUGAAUUUGAUGAUUCACCACGUACUGAUUCAACCAUCCUCACUUCAAUCGGUGGUAAUUCUUUCCAAGUUUUCGCUAAAAAUGCUGCAUGGGAUAAAGAUCUUUAUGAAGAUUUAAUUCAAUCAACUCUUAAACAAAAUAUGGUUGUAACUUCAUGGCGUUUAGGUUCAAAAGCUUCAGUUAUGCCAACAUAUUGUUCAGGUGGUAAUUUUACAUAUGAUAGUAUUAAUACAUUAACAUUUUCAUUUGAUGAUCCAACCGAGGGUACAGUUAAUUGGAAAUAUACAAAAGAUCAUAGUAAAUAUGCUCUUUCAAUUCAUGAAGCUGAUUAUUAUAUUUGCAUUGGUGAUGUAAAUAGAAUGUUUACUCAAUUUAAAAGAGGUGGUGGUUCAGCUUGUUUCAUUAAUAAAUCACUCUGGCAAUCAUAUGCUAAUAUCAUUGAAACUAUUGAUACAAAUUGUCCAGGUGAUACAAGUCUUGAAUUAUAA